ACAAAUAUGAGGUGGCAGAAUACGAGUGGGAAAUGGCAACAAAACUGAUACAAAAUGGGUAAAAGAGGUCGAAAUGCAGUACUCUCAUAGCUUCCCUCCUUUUAUCCGCUUUACAAGAAACCCUCAUAAAUCUUUUUGGCUUUGGCGCUCUCUCCCUCUUUCUCUCCAUCAGUAUUAGCAAACAAAGGACGUUUUGUUGCACUCCAUUUCCCAUAACUUUCCGAUGAAAGGAGCUUCAACAGAUAGGGGCUUCGGGAUAUACAUAAGGAUCUAGAAAUGGGACAAAAGGAGUCAUAUUGGAUUAAUGGGUAUUUUGGUAAAUGGAAGUUCUUUGUCCCUCCGAGACGAUCACCAUCCACUGCAAAAGUCAAGCAAAGGAUUAGGAGUUCAAAUUUAUAAUCUAUUUAUUAAUAAUUUUGGUGCAUCUUGGAGCUCUUGAGCAAUGGAGCCUGUGGAGCACCACUUGGAGAGUUGCUCUUGGUCUGCUUCACGUUAUCGGCUUUGUUUUAUUUCCUAUUACCUUAUUGGUGCUGAGCAAUGGAAAGGACUUUCCGGUGCUAACUUCAAUUGCAAAUUGUGAUUCUUCAAAAAGGGUUAAUUUUCUGUUUGACAUUUUUGUGCAGUGACUUGUGACCACAACUUUAUAUCUCUUGCAUCAACAAAUGGCAAGUCGUUCUUCUCGCACUAUAUAUGUUGGUAACCUACCUCUGGAUGUCAAAGAGUGGGAGAUUGAAGACCUGUUCUACAAGUAUGGGCACAUUUUGGAUAUAGAAUUGAAGCUUCCUUCCCGUCCUCCUGGUUUCUGUUUUGUGGAGUUUGAGGACCCUUUGGAUGCUGAAGAUGCAAUUAGGGGUCGAGAUGGCUAUAAUUUUGAUGGGUGUCGUAUCAGGGUUGAACUUGCCCAUGGUGGUAGAGGGCAAUCUUCUCGACAUGAUUAUGGUGGGGGCAGUAGCAGAGGUGGUAGAGGACGAUUUAGUGUUUCUCAUCGGUCUGAGUUUCGAGUUGUUGUUCGCGGGCUGCCUUCUUCUGCUUCAUGGCAAGAUCUAAAGGAUCACAUGCGUAAGGCUGGAGAUGUAUGCUUUGCUGAAGUCCAUCAAGAUGGUGAUGGAGCCAUGGGUAUUGUGGACUACACAAAUUAUGAUGACAUGAAAUAUGCAAUCAGGAAACUAGAUGAUUCUGAAUUUCGAAAUCCUUUUGCAAGGGCUUAUAUUAGGGUGAACUGCUAUGAGGCCAGUCCUCGCAGGGGUCAAAGCCAGAGUAGAAGUCACAUUAAGAGUCCAAGGGGGAAUCAAAGGUCUGUAUCAAAAUCGAGGUCACCUUCACCUGCCAGAUUAUCCAGAUCAAGGUCAAGGUCCAACUGAUUGCAGGAAUGUUUGCAGAAUGGCUAGCAUCUGUUGAGUUUCCUGUUGACUUGUAGCAUUAGAAACUUGAAGGGAUAUAUGAAUAUUUUGGUACCAUAUAGUUGUGACUUGUGAGGAUAGCUCAGUAUCUUUAUGGUGUAAUCUUGUAUUGUACCCGCUUAUUUGGAUACAUGUUCUGCGUGCUUGUAAUGGGACUGAUUUGUACCUUUUGACUUGCUAGUUUCUUGACAGAAACUAGAAAGCAAUAAUAGCUUAUUUGAAUACGAGUUAAAGAUUAAGACUUUA